AUGACAACCGCUCCACGCCUUCUUCGUCUUCGUAGCGACCUCGCGAACUGUCGACAGAAGGGUUCGCCGGUGGAAUCGUAUUUCGGUCGUCUUACCAAACUGUGGGACGAUCUUGUUACUCUUCGUCCCUUGAAGGUUUGUCGUUGUGGUCUCUGUAAUUGCAAUUUAAGUGCUGACUGGGAGAAGCAGAGGCAAGAAGACAGAUUGUACGAAUUUCUUCUCGGCCUCGAUGACAAAUACGGGAUUGUGCGUUCUAACUUGCUUUCUCGUCAACCUUUGCCGUCGGUUGAAAAGGCGUACAUGGUGGUCACUCAGGAUGAGGCGUCCAAGGAUUCUGUUUCGGUUGACAUAUCUGAUGCUGCAGCAUUCUCGGUCAAUUUUGCAUCGAAACCUCGUGUUUCUACUCCGGUCAAGGACAAGUCCGUGAUUCUGGGCUUUCCGGAAUGGUGGGGUGAUCGUCCCCGAAACCGCACUGGUCAUGGUCGCGGUUCACAGCCUUCUGCACGUGGUCGCGGAGCUGUCCGUGUGAAUUCUGUUCAGGCCACGACUCCGAGUCUCCUUGGUCCGUCACCAUCUGUCUCUUCCGACAAUCAACCUCCGUCAGGCCUCAGUGACGAUCAGUGGAAAACUUUGGUGUCUCUCCUCAAUGCCGGGAAGAUUGGUGCUAAUGCAAAUUCAUCGGGUAUGUCUUCGUUUGACUCUUGGAUCCUCGACACAGGGGCUUUGCAUCAUCUCACGGGUCGCCUCGAGUUGUUGCAAGAUCCCAUGUCGGUGACUCCCUGUAGCAUUGUUCUUCCAGAUGGUCGUCAUGCUUUCGCGACUCGUUCUGGAUCGGUCUCUUUGUCUUCACAUCUCCACUUGUCCGAUGUGUUUUACGUGGAGGGGUUGCAUGUCAAUUUGCUUUCGGUUUCCCAACUCCUUGGUGAUGGUGAUUACAUUGUCCAAUUCACUAAUGUUAUGUGUUCCAUUCAGGACCGGGCUACGAAGACGCUGAUUGGAGUGGGUGAUUUGCGGGACGGGCUCUAUUAUUUCAAGGGUGUUGAGACUGCAGCGCCUGUACAAGCUAGUGACACUUGCUCUCCGGAUUUGUGGCAUCGUCGGUUGGGGCAUCCUUCAUCUUCGCAAAACGGUCGUGCCGAACGAAAGCAUAGGCAUAUUCUCAACAUUGCACGUGCCUUGAUGUUCCAGGCGAAUUUUCCGAUCGAAUUUUGGGGAGACUGUAUCUUGACCGCGGGUUUCCUCAUUAAUCGGACUCCGACGAAGCUAUUGUCUGGGCGUACUCCUUUCGAAAUUAUCUACGCUCGCCCGCCCGAUUAUCAUCAUCUUCGUUCCGUGGGCUGCCUUUGCUAUGCUCAUAACAAGGACCAUAAAGGCGACAAGUUCGCCUCUCGAAGCAUUCGAUCUGUGUUUGUUGGUUAUCCCUCAGGCAAGAGGGGUUGGCGACUUUAUGAUCUUGAACAACGUCGAUUCUUUGUGUCGCGUGACGUUCGCUUCUGUGAGGAUCAGUUUCCAUUCCGUGACAAUCCAGUUGUACCUUGUUCUAUUCCUCUCGGCCUCUCAUCCUCCGAGGUUUGGCCGGUUCUCGUCGACGAUGACCAGGUUAUGGUGUCAGCGUGUCCAUCUUCUUCGGUUUCUGCGCCUCUGGACUCUGUUUCGCCUACUUCUCCCAUUGAUUGCUCACAUCCCUCGCCGGUCUUGAAUCUCGAUGACAGGGGGCUGUUCGGCACAAAUUCCUGA